CGUGUCUGCGUAUUUGGCUACAACCAGCACAAAAAUCAAUUCGAUGUGCACUGAUUGAUUGAUUGUAUUUUGAUCAACCAAAAGAAAAGAAAAAAACGUGACAAAGAUGUUUUCACUUUAUCACAAUUGAUGAUGAUGAUGAUGAUGAUGAUGACCAUGCUCUCAACAUUUUAUGAAUGUUCAUUUGUGCUGACAUAAAUAUUGAUCAAGCUACAUUUGCAAACAUUCGAUCAUAUCCAAUCUUUACUUCCGAUUUGUUAUCUAUGAAUAUCGUCGUUUGUUAAACAUACACACACACACAUAAUAAUAACAAAUAACCGACAAUCAAUUCACAAUUCAAUUAGGACGACGACGACUUUUCAAAUAUUGUAAUUCUAAUUUUGGAAAUUUUAUUCAAAUCCAACACAUAAUGGAUGUCUUGUUAUCGAUCGUUAUUGAUCAAUCGAUUUUUUCUUUUUGGUGAACGGUAAUGGUUGAUGGUUGAUGGUGGAGGUGGACAAUAAAUAAGCGCCCAAUUAUUCACAAUGAAUUCAUAUAUCCUGUUUUGGUUCUUUUCGACUAUUUCAUCAAUUGAAUGUGAACAAAAACAAACUGAUUAUCAUCAAUUGCCCUAUCACCAAAAUAAUGGGCGCAUCAUUUAUUCAUCAUUCAUUCAAACAGGACAAUCAGAUCGAAUUGUCGCACCAAUUUAUCAACAAUCUUGAUGACAUAUAAUCAAAAAUACAAACAUCGAACAAAACAAACGGUACUACCGUACAAUGAUCAACUGUGUUGGUUUAUACAAUACGAGACUAUAUUACAUUUCUCUUCUUUACUGUGAUCGAUAAUGGAAAAAAAACUAAAUCAGUUAACAACGACAACAACAACAACGAAUAUUCAAUCACUUCGAUUGCAUGGAAAUCCAAUGGUUAUUGACCAAAAUGCAGCUGCAUAUCUUGCAUAUAAUCAUCAUCAUCAUUUUAAUACAGUUCGUGCGGCCAGAUUAAAAUCAAUACAUGGCCAUCAGAAUCAACAUCUACAUUCUAUGAUUCAACGACAACAGCCACCGGCUUCGUCAUCAUCUACAUUGAAUGGUCUGUUCACUUGGAAACGUAAAUUAAAAACGAAUAAAACGAUUGGAAAUAACGGCACUGGUACUGUGAGUGGUGAUCGAACAUUGAUAGCUCGUCAUACAAAUUAUCGUCAUGCUCAACAUGUCGUAUCGACCGUACCAAAUACAUCGUCAUCGCGAUCGAUGGCCACGGUUCCGCCUUCAUUGGCCCGAUUAUUUGUUCGUGAUGCUGGCAGUCCACAACGUAGUUCAUCAUCAUCACAUCCCUCGGACAGUAUGUGCGUUUGUCGUGGCCUAACUGGAUCGACUUUUAUGGCUCCUUCAUAUUUUGAUGAUGAUGAUAGUCAACUGAUCGCACCAUCAAAAGGAAAACAUUCCAGUGUUCUUUCCAUGUCGAAUGAUUCAUUAUUAGUGGCCAAUUCGAAUCAACAACUUACAAAUACGAAACAUCAUCCUACAUCGGUGGCUAUGGGCAAGCAUUUCCAUACCAUCAACGAACGUCGACUAACAAAUGCAUCAAAAUCGUUGGACAGAAUCGCUUCACAGUCAUCAGUUUCGCAAAACAAACAAUCAAACCAAUCCAUUAAUCAAUCAAUAGGUCAUAGUGGCAGUAAUAAUCGACGAUCCAUUCUAGAAUGCAAUGUCAAUCCAUACGAGCUUGUAAUGACGAAUGGUUCCAAUCAUGAACCGGAUGUCUCAUCCACAGCCAAAUUAAGCAAACGUAAUAAGCCUAAAUGGAAAUCGACCACCGUGACUGUCAAGUCUAGUCAUCCUAUGUGGGCCAACCACACCAUCAAUAAUAAUCAUAAAACCACCAACAUGUUCGAUGCAUGUCUCGAUUGUAAGGAUAAAAAAUCGACAAACCGUUUAAUUCGUAACCUCUUCUCCAAAGCAAACAGCAUUAGAAUCGCAGGCCAAACCGUCUAUUCUGCCAUACAAUUUGCUGAUUGUCCUCAUCGUCAACUGUCAGGUUUAUUUGAUCAGGAAACCAAUUUACAGCAUCUACUACCGACAAAUCCAUUGCAUCGUACACGAUCUAGUGGUUCACUAUCUUCAUCCUGGUCGUUUGAUUCCAAUUCUCAAUCUAAUUCGGAUUCAUCACUCAAUCGAACGUCGAAUGCAUCACGACAACGUCAUGAUGUUGAUCAACGUAUUCUCACACUGAUUGAUGAACCAGAACCAGAUUAUGAUGUGGAAGAUAAUAAUAGCCAUGUCUGUCAUGUGGAACAUACAGAUCAACAAUUAAAAAAUUCGAAUGAUAUAAAAGUCGAUUUGCCUCGCAAAAAGUCGCCAACAAAUUCGAUAAAACGUCCAAAGAACACCCCACCACCACCACCACCUCCUCCGCCACCCGAAUUGUUUAGCACGCCAUUACCAAAGUUAACAAAUUGCCCACCAUCCAAAAAUGAAAGUGAGAACCAACAAUCGAACAUCAAAUCAUCCAAGUCAAAUAGCCAGGAGGGUAAAUCCUAUCAGAAUGAAUUGAAAGAACGAUUGAACCAAGGUGUGAAAUCAAUCUUGAAAAAGACCAAUUUCUACUCACAACAUUCAUCAUCGUUGAACGAAAUGGUGUUGGCCGUCGCUGUUGAUGAUAACAGUGAGACCGAUGAUGUAUCGUUCAGAAAAAAACAUGUCCAUUUCCGUAUGAAACGUACAUCUCCAUCAUCGACUGUUGGAUCAGUCGGUUUGAAUCGUUCUCGAUCGGCUAGUCACAUAAUCACCGAGACCAUACAUGAAGAGGAUGAUGAACAUGGUGGCUACUAUGACGAUGUCUCCCAUUCACCCGACAUUGAUGAUUUGCCAUUAUUGACCACACGAUCUGUCGAUGACAUGACCGAUUUUGGUGAAAAGAAUUCAACGGAUUUUGCUAACGGAUGUACUGAACCAUUGGAUUCAUCUUCAUCAAUCCAGAAUCAAGAUGAAGAUAUUAUUGAUGAAACUGGAAACGAAUCGCUAUUAUUGGCUGGAAAAGAGAAUAACCAUUCAUCAUUGCCGGAAACUAAUUCACCUUCACCACCACCAGUACCAGCUCGCCGUUAUCAACAGUCAAAUGAUGAUGGCAAUGGAAAAUCGACUCCUGCUAAGCUUUCAACAAUAAUGAAUAGUCCGAAAUUUCAUUCAACUGGUAGCGUACGAUCAUUGUUAGCUAAAAAAUGGAAUUUUUCCAACAGUACGGCAGCAACAAUCAAACGAUCGCCAAAUCAUUCACUAGGACGACGAUUGAAUUUUUCGAAUUUGUCUACUAAUCAACAUGACGAUAGCCUGAGCGAUUCACAGAAUGAUGAUCCAAAAAGUAUAACUAGUUCGAUGAAAAGUACAGAUUCGGGAUGUUCAUCUUUAUUUGAAACGUCUACAUCUCGAGAUGAUGAUGACUUGACCGAAAUAACAGAAUCUAAUCCGAUCAUAAAAUCCGAAGAUCAAGGGAAUUGUCGUAGCGAACGUUCAGUCAAUCGCAAGUCUGAAGUCGAUGAUCAUAUCUACGAGGAACUGGACUAUUGUUACAUCGAUUCUAAAGCAAUCAACAAUGCAUCUAUAGCCAAAAAUGAUAACAAAACAAAACGAUUGUUUAUGGGUACUCGUGAUGAAAUUUUAGACUAUCUGAAUGGUGCUCGUCAACGUUUUGAUGUUGACGACAAUAAUAAACUUGAUUUUGAUAGCGACCAUAUUGGCUCAUCAACAUCAACCAACAAUCAGAUAACUGCUGAGGAUAUCGAAUCCGGAUAUCUGGGCAAUGAUGAUUCUGGCAACAGUUCGCUUUGUAUGGCCGAUGACUACCAAGAAAGUCUGGUUUAUUUCAUUAAGAAAAAAUCGUCCAUUAAUCCCGAUUUGUCUCCGGUGGUUGGGUCAUCAUCGGCAAGAAGAAAUCGUGUGAGUAACAUCAGCAAUUCAUCCAGUGAAUCAUCAGCUACUUCUGGUGUAUCAGUCUCUAAUCUUGCAAUGGAUGACAUGGAUGAUGAUGGAAUUACUACAAGUAGCUCAAGUCUUGGUUCUAGUGCCAAUUCAUCCGGUUAUUACGUGGUUGCUAAUCGUAUCGGACCGACUGUAGAACGUAAUGAUUCUGGUGUCGGCCAUGAAAUCGGCUGCCGUACGACAGCCACCAAAACAAUCUAUGAUACGGCUCCUGGUGUGGAUGAUGACAAAAAGGAUCAUCGAAUUUGCCUGGAUUGUGAGCGACCGUCAGAGACGGGAACCAACCGUUCGCCAAUGACCAAUUCAAAUGGAUCAGCACCGCAUUAUUACCACACUUUCAGCUAUGUCUGUAAUACUUGUCAAAAACGACGUAAUGAACGUAAAGAGAUUAUUUCCGAAAUUGUCGACACAGAGCUUAAAUAUGGUCGUGAUCUGAGGAUAAUAUUGGAGGAAUUCGCGAAACCGAUCAGCGUGGCUGGCUUGCUUACACAGCAACAAGUGGAUGAUAUUUUUCUGAAUCUGGACGAAUUGAUUGAUUUGAAUUGCCAAUUGGCACAAAUACUACAAGAUGCUGUCGAUGUUGCCAUCGAACAAGGUGACGAGGAUCUGACCACAGUUAACAUUGGUCAUCUGUUUAAUGAAUGUCUGCUUGACAAGAUCGCUGUGUUUGAACGGUAUUGUAUCCGACAGGCAUCCGCUUCAUUGUUGUUGAACCAAUUGGAAAAAGAAAAAGAAUUGUUGCGAAUUUUUCUUCGAGUUUCACAAAUGGAAAAUGCUUUGUUACGUCGCAUGAACCUAAGGUCAUUCUUAGUGGUACCAGUUCAACGAGUUACCAAAUAUCCAUUGCUGUUAAAUCGAUUGGUGAAAGUAACUCCAUGCCAUUACGCUGAUUGUGAUUCAUUACGUGAGACACAGAUGAAAUUUGAAAUUCAUUUGGACAACAUCAAUCAAAAGACUAAAGGUUCAAUAGCCGCCACUACAUCACGAAUAUGGCGCCGCAUUUCGAACCUUUCAUCAACAUCGAUGCGUAUUCGAAGUAAUGAUGCCAAUCACAAUGUGAUAGAAGAUUUUGGUCAUGUUAAACUUAAAAAGACUUCAUUGGAGCUACUUAAGUGGCCUCAAGACGAAAGUCGUUUUGUAUUGAUUGGUCGAUUAUCAUUUAUUGUGGAACGAUCCGGAACAGCUGCAAAUUCUGAACAGCUAAAUGCAUCAUGCAAUACUGGUUUGACAAUCAUCAAUGGCUGCAGUUCACCACACGCUACUGUGCAUAAUUCCCUGUCCAAUUCAUCAACAUCAUCAUCGAAAAUCUGGUCUCGAACAUUGAAAUUUUCGACCGCUCAUGCAGUGCUUAUCGUAAGAUCCAGUCCUAAUCCCGGUUCAGAACCGGAAACGUUAAACGUGGAAACAUCAAUCAAUCAAACAUUGUUGGAUGUGGCCAUUAAUCAUUCAAAUGGAGAUUGUUUUGAUGGCAAUGAUUCACUUAGAUUUAAUUCGACUGCCCGACGAAGAUCCAGUUCAAAGAGUCCAAUGCGUGUUAGUGGUUCCAACUCUUUAAGUUUAAGCCAACAAUGUCCGAGCAAAUCAAAAACGAACAGCGAUCGUGAAGCCAUGUUAAUCUUGUUCAAAGAGAAAAAUGGUCGAUACACGCUGUGUCGAGAUGCUCUCAAUCUAGCCAUGUGUGUGAUAGCAAAAGCGACCGAUUUCGAUAAUGAAGGAUAUUUCGAGAUACACGAGCUCGAAUCACGUGAAUCGCUACUGUUAAAGGCUGAAACACAAUCCGAAAUGCGAGAAUGGCUUGAACAACUAAGAACACAAAGUCAAUGCCUUGGUCAAUGGCGUCGACGUCGUAAUGCAUUGCCUAACAUUAUGGUACUACGAAACAUGGAUACUGAUAUGAACCAUAAUAGCGAUGAAGAUGAUAACACAAGUCUAAACCAUUCCCAACAUGAACGUUUUCCAUCCAAUACAUUGUCUAGCUAGUCCAAACACACCCAUUUAGAAAAAAAACCCACCUCUUAAAUA